CCGAGCUGCGCGCACACACACUGGGACCUCACGGAUGGGCAAGACAGGGCAUGCAUCACUACGGAGGAUUGUACCCGGAGAUUAAAAAAAGGAGGAAUGGGGGAUAUGAUAGUUCGCCAAAGCAGCACAGGAUAAGCGGUCUGGUUCUUGGAUCGGGAAGAGUCGACGGUGGAAGAAGACCAGGCUUCAGUCAACGGGAAGCUCUUUCUUUCCCUGAUCUGCUGUCUCCGCUCCCCUGCGUACCGUCCUGUGAAUGGUUCCAGGAGAUCCGGAUUCCAUGACUGAGAGGAGGCGACAGUAGGAAAAGAGGGGGGGCCCGGUGUGUGUAUGUUGGUGUUUCGUAGCGGCGGUCUUUGAUGCGGACAAUGUGGUUCGCAACCAGGAGAAGCCGUCCACUUUCAUGGUUACGGGAUUGGCGCCGGGUGACAGCUGGCUCGUGCCGCGGCACGACCCUGUGGAUAUUGAGUUUCUGGUUGUCCCUUGCGGCGGUUGAGGGCCAGAACUUCAACCCCACCGUGAACACGCAAUAUGGGAAGCUGCGAGGUGUGAGGGUUCCUCUGCCGAGUGAAAUCCUAGGACCUGUGGACCAGUACUUGGGAGUCCCUUAUGCUGCCUCUCCUGUAGGGGAAAAAAGGUUCAUGCCCCCCGAACCUCCAUCCUCCUGGUCGGGUAUUAGGAACACCACCCAUUUUGCACCUGUUUGCCCACAGAAUAUUCACAAUGCUGUCCCGGAGAUCAUGAUGCCCAUAUGGUUCACCUUUAACCUGGAUAUAGUUGCCACAUACAUACAGGAUCAAAAUGAAGAUUGCUUGUAUUUAAACAUCUAUGUUCCAACUGAGGAUGUAAAAAGAAUAUCCAAGGAAUGUGCCAGAAAACCCAACAAGAAAAUAUGUAGGAAAGGAGGGACCCACGCCAAGAAACAGGGCGAGGAUUUGUCCGAUAAUGACGGUGAUGAAGAUGAAGACAUCCGAGACACUGGCGCCAAACCCGUGAUGGUCUUCAUCCACGGAGGCUCCUACAUGGAGGGAACCGGGAACAUGAUUGACGGGAGCGUUCUGGCCAGCUAUGGCAACGUCAUUGUCAUCACACUCAACUACAGAGUCGGGGUCCUGGGUUUCCUCAGCACCGGCGAUCAGGCAGCGAAGGGGAAUUACGGACUGCUGGACCAGAUCCAGGCACUGCGCUGGAUCAGCGAGAACAUCGGCUACUUCGGAGGAGAUUCCAACCGGAUCACGGUGUUCGGAUCUGGGAUCGGGGCCUCGUGCGUCAGCCUUCUCACGCUAUCCCAUCAUUCGGAAGGGCUGUUCCACAGAGCUAUCAUCCAGAGCGGUUCUGCUCUGUCCAGCUGGGCAGUGAACUACCAGCCUGUGAAGUACACCCGUCUGCUGGCCGAGAAGGUGGGCUGCAACGUGCUGGACACACUGGACAUGGUGGACUGCCUGCGCAAGAAGAGCGCCCGGGAGCUGGUGGAGCAGGACAUCCAGCCGGCCCGCUACCAUGUAGCCUUUGGGCCCGUCAUUGACGGCGACGUCAUCCCCGACGACCCCGAGAUACUGAUGGAGCAGGGCGAGUUCCUGAACUACGACAUCAUGCUGGGCGUCAACCAGGGCGAGGGGCUGCGGUUCGUGGAGAACGUGGUCGACUCCGAGGACGGCGUGUCCGGCAACGACUUCGACUUCUCCGUCUCCGACUUCGUGGACAGCCUGUACGGCUACCCGGAGGGCAAGGACACUCUGAGGGAGACCAUCAAGUUCAUGUACACGGACUGGGCCGACCGCGAGAACCCCGAAACUCGCCGCAAGACCCUGGUGGCCCUGUUCACCGAUCACCAGUGGGUGGAGCCGGCGGUGGUGACGGCCGACCUGCACGCCCGUUACGGCUCGCCCACUUACUUCUACGCCUUCUACCACCACUGCCAGAGCCUAAUGAAGCCCACCUGGUCUGACGCCGCCCACGGAGAUGAGGUGCCCUACGUGUUCGGCAUCCCCAUGAUCGGCCCCACCGACCUCUUCCCCUGCAACUUCUCCAAGAACGACGUGAUGCUCAGCGCUGUUGUCAUGACCUACUGGACCAACUUCGCCAAAACUGGGGACCCCAACAAGCCGGUGCCCCAGGACACCAAAUUUAUCCACACAAAGGCCAACCGCUUCGAGGAGGUGGCGUGGUCCAAGUACAACCCCCAGGACCAGCUGUACCUCCACAUCGGCCUGAAGCCCCGCGUCAGGGACCACUACCGCGCCACGAAGGUGGCCUUCUGGAAGCACCUGGUGCCCCACCUGUACAACCUGCACGACAUGUUCCAUUACACCUCCACCACCACGAAGGUGCCCCCGCCCGAGACCACCCAGAACUCCUUCGCCACCAAGAGGCCCAACGGCAAGCCCUGGCCCUUCAACACCAAGCGGCCGCCCAUGUCCCCGGCCUACAACAGCGAGAACGCCAAGGAGAAGUGGAACGGCGAGGAGGAGAGCGGCCCGCUGGUGGUGGAGAACCCGCGCGACUACUCCACGGAGCUGAGCGUCACCAUCGCCGUGGGCGCCUCGCUGCUCUUCCUCAACGUGCUGGCCUUCGCCGCCCUCUACUACCGCAAGGACAAGCGGCGCCAGGACUCCCACCGGCAGCCCAGCCCGCAGCGCAGCGCCAACGCCAACGACAUCGCCCACGCGCCCGAGGAGGAGAUCAUGUCGCUGCAGAUGAACCAGACCCACCACGAGUGCGAGGGCGUGCCCCCGCACGACCCGCUGCGCAUGGCCUCCCUGCCCGACUACGCGCUCACCCUGCGCCGCUCGCCCGACGACAUCCCCCUCAUGACGCCCAACACCAUCACCAUGAUCCCCAACUCGCUGGUGGGCAUGCAGAACCUGCACCCCUACAACACCUUCACGGCCGGCUUCAACAGCACCGGGCUGCCUCACUCACACUCCACCACCCGCGUAUAGCUUUAACCCCCAGGCCAGAGGGAGGGGGGCAGAGGGGGGAGACAAGGAAGGAAGGGGGAGGGGGGAGGGUGGGGGCUAAGAUUUCCUUUUUAUAAAUAACGCGGGAUAGGAGGAGAACGUCGAAAGACACGACAGACUCUUCCAACAAGAAACACGUUGGUUUUAAUACGGCAAGGCCCGGAAGCCCUGGAUGUCAGUAUGGUGCCGAACUGCCAAAACAGAACAGCCUCUCGCCUCUCGCAGGAGGAGAGGCUUUCCACGACACUUGUUUUCUAUUUUCAAAGAACAACAACAACAAAAAAAGCCUUUUAAGCAGACUGGAAAAUUAAGAAAUGAACAAUU